UUAUGCUAAAACUAUAGCCUAUAGGUAUUUUUUGCGAGUUUUACAUAUGAACUAUCAGGUUGAAUUUUCACUUUUUUGAUACAAUAACUAUCAAGUUGAAUUAUCAUUUUUUUUUUUGCAAGUUUCAUAAAUAAACUAUCAGGUCGAGUUUUCACUUGUUUGUGAGUUUCUUAUAUAAACUAUCAGGUUGAAUUUUCAUUUUUUUUCAAGUUUCAUACAUGAACUAUCAGGUUGAAUUUUCACUUUUUUUUGUGAGUUCCAUACAUAAUCUAUCAGGUUGAAUUUUCAUUUUUUUGCAAGUUUCAUACAUGAACUAUCAGGUUGAAUUUUCGCUGUUUUUGGGAGUUUUCUACUUGAACUAUGUGUUUGUGUUUUCUACUAAAUUAUUAUCAACUAUUUAUCAAAACACAUCUCGAAGUUGACUACUAUUUAAUAAAACACAUCUCGAAGUUGACUAGACAAAAUGCUUGAAAACAACUCCCAAAAGGUGAGUGACUAACUUAAUUUGCCCAUUACAUUUCGUCCACAUGACAACUGACUCACUAAUUCCGAUGCAUGUUUUGAUAAAUAGUUAGUGAUAUUGAUAAUUUAGGUUGGGAACUCGCAAAAAAGUAAAUCUUCAGGUGAAAGAUGGCGUCUCUCGUACCAGAAGUACUAAUUAAGCUUCUACAGAGUAUGAACUCCAAUGUAAAAGUCCGCGGAGAGUAUAGAUCAGUACUUUUACAAGUAAUCAGCAUUGUCCCCGCGUUGAGUGGUUCAGAACUGUGGCCAAACCACGGCUUCUUUAUCAAAGUCUCCGAUUCUUCUCAUUCGACUUAUGUUACACUGUCAAAAGAAGACAAUGAGUUCAUUUUGAACAACAAAUUGCAACUUGGACAGUUCUUCUAUGUUGACAAAAUGGAAGCUGGAACACCGGUCCCAGUCUUAGUUGGCGUUAGGCCAAUUCCAGGGCGACAUCCAUUUGUUGGCAAUCCGAAGGAUCUUAUGCAAAUGCUGGAACAAUCUGAGGUACCUGAUCAGGAAAAUAGUAGUACUACUGAUCCAAAGUCGAAUGAAUUGGUUGAAAUGAAAAAAGAGAUCGAUAAGAAGAAGAAAUUUGUUAUCAAAGAGGAAAAGGCGGUUGUUGCAUCCAGGUAUAUGCAAGGUGUGUCAAACCAGAACGUAAAGAUUGGUGGAAAUGAUCACGGUACUGGUGCAAAAGGCGUUGAAAAUGACAGUAGCGGAGCAGAUCAUAAGGUUGUACCUUUGAAAGGGAAACAACCAGAGGUUAAAAGUACUCAGACACAGCCUACAACUCCUUCUCGUAGUCGUUCUGAUGCAUUUUCUCCAAACACAGAUGUCAAUGUGAUUAAUAGCAGGGAGCUUUCGACAACUCCAAAGUUUUCAACUCUAAAACGCACUAGCACCAAACAAGAAAACAUUAGAGAGAACUGUCCAUUUUCCGAAACACUCAUACCUUGGUCCUCUCUACCAGCCAACCUCGCAAAGCCAGGGAAGGGGAUCCUUAGAAGGAAAAAGUUAGCUUCUUUAAUAGCAGCAGAAGCUCAAGAAGAAGCAUUGACAGCAACCAAUCUUCUUCAUUGCAUCAGCAUGUUUGCUGAACUAUGCUCAUCUGCAUCACCAGAGAGCCCUCAUCUAAAUUUGUCCAAAUUUUUCACCCUCAAUCAACUCAUGGAUCAAACGAAUAUGAAAUCAAAUGAACAAAUCCUAGAUAACUUUGCUUCAAAAUUAUCUUUACAAGACAAGGAGCUGAUCAAAUCAAGCAAGAAGACACGUUCCUUGAACGAUACUAAAAGUACCCCUAAGUCAUUGAUCGAAGUUUCUUUGUCUGAAAAGGUAGAAUGGGCAAAAGGAGACGGUUCUAAAGGCGUUAAGGAGUUAAGAGAUGUUCUGUUCAACGAAAUGCAAUCGUGGUUUCUUAAAUUCCUGGAUGAAGCACUUGACGUUGGCUUCCAACUGAGUGAGCAAGAACACAAAAAGAAGAAACGUAUUGUACAACAAACGGAUACAAACAACCAAAUUGCUCUCGCGUUGUCACAACUUAAACAUGCCAAUGACUGGUUGGACAAGCUACAGAGUAAAUCAGCUUUGAAUAAAGAUGUUGCUGAGACAGUUGACAGAUUGAAGCAAAAACUCUACGCGUGUUUACUUCUUCAUAUCGAUUCAGCUGCUUCAGCUCUUGGAAAACCAUGUUCAUAAUAGUAGCUGAAGCUAUUUAAAAGGUCAAUUAACAGCAACUAAUCAGCUCAUUUGAGAAAAAUGUAUACUUAGAGUCUGUUUGGCUCAGCUUAAAAGCUGGUCAAACUGACUUAAAAGCUGAUUUUUGACUUAUUUAACUGUU